GGAAGCAAAACUUGAAAAUUGCAGAAGCUUUCCAAAGCAACAAUACCCAGUUCGAAGCAACUCCAUGCUCUUGUAGUCUUGUUGCCGACGCCAAUCUGUGAUUCAACAACUAGGUAGUCCAGACUUGGCGGGGUUCUACUGCUUUGUAUAUUAGAAUCUCUUUUGGGUCUUCCAGUAUCUCUCUUCUUCGGAAGAAGAAAAACACAUUGCAAUGCCGCACGCAAAAAGAACGAAAUGAAAUAGUUUUUUGACUGUGAAUGAUGUCAAGACCGGUGUUGCUAGUUUUUCUUCUAGUUGUUCUCAUAAUCACUUCCCAGUUUGAGUGGAAGCAACAACUUGUCCCUGACCUUGAUGCAACUCCAAGUAUCUCGCAAAAGCCAAGUGAGAGCUCAAAGAGGGAAGAAGCUGUAAAAGAGAAGAUCAUAUUAUUGCAAGAAAAGAACAUUAAGAGACUCAAUGAGGUUGUCAGUAGCCUGCGGGAACAGUUGCAACGAUGUAAAAGCAAGAAUGAGACAAGGCAGCACACUUUAAGUUUCCUAACCGAACGUGAUACAGAUAUUGAAAGGAAUCAGAUAUUCGAGGACUAGGUUGAGCCUGUGGAAGUAUAUGACUAAUACUUAUAAAAGUUUGACCUGUAUAACCUUGGUAGGUCCUUGUUUUUGACCAAUUCUCACAGUGAAAUUCCAUCUUGGUCAAGUAUAGAAUGGAAUGGGAAAUUACUUAUUGUCAGAGAUUCAUGAAUCAUUCAAAUGUAGAGCUAUAUCUGAAGGCUUACAACAUUUUACUAACUUACAAUGAUUGAUAGAAAUGUCCACAGCAUUU